CCCGUGUCUCGAGCUGGGCCAAUCUUCGGGUCCAGUCGCCGGCCUGUCAUUGGAUGUGCCCCCCCCCGCGUAUGCUGCGGUGUCAGACGCCCACGCCGCCCAUCCUGUGACAUCCGGUGCCCCGUAUGCUUGCCUACAAAAUGGCCUGCUCCGCCUUUCGGACGCAUCGACUGUUCCUGCUGCAUAGGGCAAGUGUUGACGCAGAAUAGCUGACCGUAUCCCACCAUCACAGAGUCCACCAUGACCGUCACCCUCCCCAGCAGACGCACCCUGGCCACCUCCGCCGAGCGUCGCUUGAACCUCGACAACAUCAACCCCCACGUCAAGGCUGCCAAAUAUGCCGUCCGUGGUGAGCUGGCUGUCAAGGCGGAGGAAUACCGUGUGAGGCUGUCCGAGGGAGACAAGUCGUUGCCCUUCGACAGCGUCAUCUUCGCCAACAUCGGCAACCCGCAGCAGCUGGACCAGAAGCCCAUCAGCUUCUUCCGUCAAGUCCUCAGUCUUCUCGAGAACACCGCCUUGCUCGAGCACCCCGAGGCUCUCCGCACCACAUUCGGCUACCAGCAGGAUGUCAUUGACCGGGCCAAGGUCCUGCUUGCCGAUGUCCAGAGCGUUGGUGCCUACAGUCACAGUCAGGGUGCUCCCGUCAUCCGUAACAGCGUGGCCAAGUUCAUCGAGGAGCGUGAUGGAUUCUCCGCCAACCCCCAGGACCUCUACUUGACCGGCGGUGCCUCUUCUGGUGUGAGCACCCUGCUGAACAUCAUCUGCGACGGCCCCAGUGCUGGUGUUCUCGUCCCCAUCCCCCAAUACCCUCUGUACACCGCCACCCUGUCUCUCCUGAACGCCCAGUGCGUUCCUUACAACCUGGAAGAGGAGAAGGCCUGGGGUACCGAUGUGAACGCUAUCCGUGAGAACCUCAGUCGGGCCAAGGCUGCUGGUACCGAUGUCCGUGCCAUUGUCGUCAUCAACCCCGGCAACCCGACCGGUGCUUCUCUCAGCGCCGAGGACAUCAAGGGCGUGCUCGACCUUGCUGCGGAGGAGAAGCUGGUGGUGAUCGCCGACGAGGUGUACCAGACCAACGUCUUCACGGGCGAAUUCAUCUCCUUCAAGAAGAGACUCCGUCAGCUUCAGCAGGAAGUGUCCGGCAAGUACGACAACGUGGAGCUGGUCUCCCUACACAGUGUGUCUAAGGGCAUGGUUGGUGAGUGCGGUCACCGUGGUGGCUACUUCGAACUGGUUGGUUUCGACCCGGAGGUCGCCGCCCAGGUUUACAAGUACGUCAGCAUCAUGCUCUGCCCGCCGGUUAUCGGGCAGUGCUUGGUUGAGCUGAUGGUGAACCCUCCCAAGGAGGGCGCACCCAGCCACGAGCUGUACCAGAAGGAAUACAACGGUAUUCGGGAUGGCCUGCGCAAGCGCGCCUUUGCCCUCUACGAGGCAUUCCAGCGCAUGGAGGGCGUUGAAUGCCAGGAGCCCCAGGGCGCCAUGUACCUCUUCCCCACCAUCACUCUGCCCGCCAAGGCUAUCGAGGCCGCCAAGGCUGAGAACCGUGCGGCUGAUGAGUUCUACUGCCUGCGCCUCCUCGACGCCACCGGUGUCUGUGUUGUCCCCGGUUCUGGUUUCGGCCAGAAGGAGAACACUCUGCACUUCCGUACGACCUUCCUUGCUCCUGGAACGGACUGGGUUGAGCGUAUUGUGAAGUUCCACUCCGAGUUCAUGGCCAAGUACAACUAGAAGAGGCAGCCGGUGUAUACAGCAUGCAUGUGUUAUGAAGAUAUAGAGUUAUACCAUUCUGUACAUUGUUGACAGACCAGAGAAUUUUACUAGACACCUAUCGUUGGUUAAUUUAUGAAGACUACCUGGAUAUGAGGUGACUGUUUGUGCAUAUGUAUAUCCAGGUCCUAUUACUAUCAAGUACUAAGCGC